AAUUGCGAAGGAGCGAAGAAGUCGUUUGACAUCAGCGAAGAAGAUUGUGGCCUCCAAUGUCCACCGAAGAAAAGAGCAUGGCUGGAAGCAACGCUGCUGCACCCUCAAGUAGUUCUCUAUUAAAACUGCAGUCUUUGAAUGGACUUUUUGCAAUCUAUAAAAAGCAUGGUCCGACCUCUGCCAAUGUUUUGAACAAGCUCAAAGAAACUCUACUCAAGGAAGCCGGUGUGAAGAAUCCAAACCCGAGGAAGAGGAAUAAACAGAGUCUAAAGAUGGGCCACGGAGGAACGCUCGACAGUGCUGCCUCUGGAGUAUUAGUUGUUGGUGUUGGAAAUGGCACAAAAAUGCUCAGCACAAUGUUGGCUGGUUCCAAGAAAUACAUUGCUGUUGCAGAGUUUGGGAAAGCAACUGAUACUCUUGAUGCUACUGGCAGUGUUACUCAAGAGAAAGACUUCAAACAUAUUACCAAAUUGGAUUUAGAGGAGAAGCUGAACAGUUUUGUUGGCAAAAUCAUGCAAGUCCCACCACUUUACUCAGCGCUGAAAAAAGACGGCCAGCGAAUGUCUGUCCUUCUGAAGAAAGGUCACAAGGUAGCGGCAAAACCAGCAAGAUCCGUCACUGUGUACAACUUGACCCUGCAAGAGUUCAAGCUGCCAUUCUUCACGUUGGAUAUUGAAUGCGGUGGUGGAUUUUAUGUGAGGAGCUUGGUGGAUGACCUGGGAAAAGCACUCUUGUCAUGUGCUCAUGUCAAGGAGCUGACCCGUACCAAACAGGGUCAGUUCACCUUGGAGCAGCAUGCCUUACAUGAGGAGCAAUGGACACUGGAACACAUCCUCCAGUCACUGCAACCGUGCCCAGAGUCAGAACAGAGUCUGGACAGUAUAGCAGGGCCACAAGGUUAUCAAGUGGGCUUCCUUCCGUCAUCAAAUGUUUUGCUGAUGGGCCCAUGACACUCUCGAGAGGGUUCAGCAGUGAAUCCCGGCGUCCCAGGUUCACCACCUAGGUGCCAUCAAAUCGGGUCUUUCCUCUUUAUCCACAGCCACUGGCUUGCCUUUUCCACCGCCUUGGAGAGAUCUCUGACUGCCUGCCGAUAGGCCUUCCCUCGUACUCCCAUCUCUCUUAGUAGCCUGGAUGCUGAAGAGGCUAUAAACCCUCUGGAGCCAACUACCUCUGCUGUCCAACCUUGCUGUUGCACUUCGGCCGAAAGUCCUGCAUACCUCAGCCGCUUCCGCUCAUAUGCCUCGACUGCACCCUCCCAGGGCACUGUGAGCUCAAUGAUGUCGACGAGCUUAAGAGAGGUAUAUUAUAGCUAUCAGUUCUGUAGACGUGUAAUGAUUUUUUUUCUUGUUACAGCUACGUUCUGUAUAUAGUUUGUCUUUCAACAGUUUGUUUUUUAUGUGUAUAUAAGUGAAUGUAGACCACACUGCUGUACUGCGGUCUGCGCAUAAGCAUGCGUCUCAAAAUACAACAUUGGAUCAUUCCAACUUUCA